AUGGGCGAAACAUCGUCGAGGCGUUCGCUGGGACCUUCCACACUUACCCCGAUGUUAUUUCAGGCUGGUAACGGCAUGGGCACAGCUGUUAGUACUGAUGACUGGAUGGUGAGCGCAAUGCAAGAUAUUAAAUGGGAACUACGCCAAAUACGGGAGCAGCAAAACUCACUAGUAUCUUCGGUUUCCUUCUGUAGUGACAAGGUUUCUGAUUUUGAAGCAAAACUGUUAAAUAUUGAUGAAUACAUACGCAAAACAGAAAAAUUAAUGCAAGAAAAUCUGGACUUAAAAACAGAAGUUACUGAUCUUAAAAAAAGACUCAAUGACUUGGAUCAAGCAUCUAGAUCCAACAAUACUGAGAUUCAAGGAAUUCCGGAAAAAGAGAAAGAAAACUUGAUCGAAGUUGUUAAAAACAUCGGAAACUACAUUAAUUAUGGUGCCAGUACAGAGCAGAUUGAUUACCUUCACCGUGUCCAGUCUAAUAGGAACUCAAAGAAUACCGUCAAAAACAUAAUAGUCUACUUUACCACCAGGACAUUGAAAGAAAACCUACUAGCAUCUGCCAAAAUCAAAAGAAAUGAGCGCGAGAAUGGUUCACCUAGAAUGAACAUCACAGGUCUAUCUGAGACUGUCUAUCUUAAUGAGCAUCUUACUCUGGCAAACAGGAUACUCUUCAAAGAAGCAAGAACAGUUGCUAAAAAUAAAAAGUAUAAAUUGGUAUGGACUAAAGGUGGACAGAUAUUUGUUAGAAAAGAUUAUACCUCCAAGACUAUUCACAUUAGUAGUGCUGAAGCAAUCAAAAAUAUCAAAUAA